CUUCACUGGGCCUUUCAUCUUACCGUCUGUCUAUGGUAUAUCUCCAUGGGACUGGCUGCAACAGAGAGUAUAAACGAAGAGGUUUAAACAGUAGUUUAACUUACUGUUCUGUUCAGGAGAAAUAUUCAGCUAUUUUAAACACUGGCAAACGGACAAGUGGUUUGAUGACGAAGGAAAGGACCCGGAGUGCUACUUAAUUUUCUUGAGUGCCGAGAGAUAGGGAACCGUUCGUCUGUUCGCUGGCUUCUAGUUGCGGAUUUUUUUCCACAUAAGAAACGAGAAAAAGGGUAUUGGAAUUGCAGAAAGAAUAUUCCAAUUUCUCAAAAAAUAACUGUUGGUUUGCAGAUAAAAUGGCGAACACGGUCAAACGACGUGAUGGACAGACCACUACUCCACAGAUAUUUUCAGCGAACUGAGUAAAAGACGAAUGUAAGCUCAUAUAAACGGUUGCAUAUAAUUUUACUAAUCUAUCUGAAUAUUGCUUUGUUUUUGUGAUUGUGAAAUCACUUUUAUUGUGGUGUCAUAUCCAUCGUAGAUGGGUCGAAGAAAAAGUCAAUUUAAAAUACACUUUCUGUCAACAUACCGGUACCUACCGGUUUUCGAGCACGCCUUAAAUGUGUAACGAGUUAUUGAAAACGAGUACUUUAUAUUUCUGGUGAAAACAUGAAGACCGAACCUUUGGUGGACAGCACAGAUUCUACACCGCUGGAUCUGCGAUUAGGUCUGCCCAGAAGUGGAGAGAGAGAGGAGAGUGAAGAUGGAAUGAGCAGGGAGGAGAAAGAAAUACUAUCCAACAUCAAGGAGGAAAGUGAGGAGUGGCAGAAUGAGGAAAUGAAGAGAGAGGAUGUUGCGAGUGAUGAAGUGGUUGGUGGAAUUUGGCUGUCGCAAAAAAAAGAGACGGAUGCCCGGCGGAAUAUAUGCGAAACCGAUAAAGCGCCACAGGGUGGCAGAAAGGUGAAAGGUGGCAGGGAAUCCUACUGUGUGAAACAGGAAGGGGGAGUCCCGUCAUCUCCUGCCGCUUCCUGUCUGCCGAAACAGCCUAAAGAACUGAAUCGCCCCCAGCUUGAAAUGGCAGUUCCCACAUUUCCUCCACGUCAUCCCCAGGUCAGCAAUAAGGACCCGGGAGAAAGGUCUCCAUGGAGACGCGGGGAGCUCCGGCCAGCGCAGGAAGAGAAGCAAAUGAAGCAGAAGAGAAAGGUCAUGACCUGGAAGAGGAAGAUGAUUGACAGCUUGAAGAGCUCCCCAAUUCAGCUUCCAGAUUCAUCGGAGAAAGCUACUUCAGCUGAAUCCUGUAUUGGACCCCCUGCCAUCCCCACGGAUCAAGACACAGACCAGCCUAUUGAAGUGUGUCAGGUGUUUGCCUGCUCCCAGUGCCCGUUCAUCCACGUGGAAGAAGAGAAGUUUCACCUGCACCUUGAGAAGGUUCACCCAGAGGAGUACAGGUCUGAAGAUCCCCAAUCUCCCAGCCGCACCGCACACGAACACCCCCCACCCGCUACGACUCCACCCGCCCCAACACCGCCAGACACAGACAGUCCACCGGCACACACCUGCGCCCAAUGCGGGAAGAGUUUCAAACGUCAGUCGCUCCUGAAGAAACACCAGCAGUCCCACAAAGGACUCCGCCCGUACCCUUGCUCCGCCUGCGGAAAGAGCUUCCGCUAUCAGUCCCACCUGACCGUGCACCAGCGCAUUCACACGGGCGAACGGCCCUUCCUCUGCUCCCACUGCGGGAAGGGAUUCAAAUCCGAGUCGCAGCAGAAGGAACACCAGCAGACCCACACCGGGGAGCGCCCCUACCACUGCGCCCUGUGCGGCAAGAGCUUCAGCCAGUCCAACUCUCUGCGACGGCACCAGCGGAUCCACACGGGCGAGCGGCCGUACCACUGCGCCCAGUGCGGGGAGAGCUUCAGCCAGUCCAACUCCCUGACGCGGCACCAGCGCAUCCACACGGGGCAAGGGCUGUACCACUGCUCCCACUGCGGGAAGAGCUUCAACCAGUCGAGCGACCUGCGGGUCCACCUGCGCGUGCACACGGGCGAGCGGCCGUUCCACUGCACCGAGUGCGGCAAGAGCUUCACCCAGGCGCGCGACCUGACCGUGCACCUGCGCGUUCACACAGGUGAGCGUCCCUUCCGCUGUUCUUUCUGUGACAAGAGUUUCAGCCAGUCUCGAGAUCUGACCGUCCACCUGCGCAUCCACACAGGUGAAGGGCUGUACCACUGCGCCCAGUGCGGGAAGAGCUUCAGCCGGGCCAACGCCCUCAGGCUCCACCAGCGGACUCACACCGGGGAAAGGCCGUUCCAGUGCGCCCAGUGCGGGAAGAGCUUCAGUCAGUCCAGCACCCUGACGCUGCACCUGCGCACUCACACGGGCGAGAGGCCCUUCCAGUGCGCCCAGUGCGGCAAGAGCUUCAGCCGCUCCAACACCCUGACGCGGCACCAGCGGACUCACGCUGGGGAGGCCCAGUACCAGUGCUCCCAGUGCGGGAAGAGCUUCCGGCAGCUGGAGACUCUGAUGGCGCACCAGCGGAUUCACAAGGGGGAACUCCCGCUGCAGUGCUCCCAGUGCGGGAAGAGCUUCCUCCACCUCAACGCCAUGAUGAAACACCAGGAGACGCACACCGAGGAGUGCGUGUGGAUUUCAGUCAUAAACGAUCUGAACUGAAAUGAAAAUGAAUUGUGUCACGGCUGAAACCAGCUUGACCCUCUUAUGAUGGAGAUUUUCCAUCAGGGCCAGUAAUCCUGCUUUGUGAAACAUGGCCCAGUUGAUUGUGGCACUGGCUCAGAGAUUCCCAGAAUGCAUUUCUCCAGCAAGGUUGGUUUCUCUUCUAACAUUAGCAACUUAACAUCUUGUUUGUUUUCAUGUGUGAACCUUUGUGUGUGCGUGAUGUAAUGGGAUUGAGUGGAAACACCCUGAAAUGCUUUUCCUGCAUUAUGUACAAUUCUGUGUAGCACUGUCUUCAAGUCUCAAAUAAAUUCAGUGACAUUAUUCACAAA